ACCAAUUUUCAAGAUCAUCAUCAUUAUAAAUCAACAACAACAACAACAACAACAACAUCAUCAUCAACAACAACAAUAUGGCUGAAAAAGAAGAUGGUGGAAUCAUGGGACAAAUUCGACGAUUAUCACGUCGACUUUCAGGUAAUAUCCUGUCGGCCGAUCCAAAAGAUGUUCGUGCAUAUAUGUCCCAUAAUGAAAGUAAACGUAACAUUUAUAGCUAUGAUAAUGAAGAUCAAUUAAGAAUUGGCGGAAUUCUUCUCAAAGAUUUGGCUGAAGAAUACGGUACACCACUUUACAUUUAUGACAUUAAUCGAAUCUAUGAUAAUUACAAUCUGUUGGCUGGAGUAUUGAAAACAAAGAAUUUUCUGCUUAGUUAUUCAGUACGAGCGAAUUCAAAUCUAGCCAUAUUGAAUAUUUUUUCAAGAUUAGGCUCUGGAUUUGAUGUUGCUUCGGGUGGUGAAAUUGCUCGUUGUUUAGCUGCCGGUGUUGAUCCAUCACGGAUAACGUUUAGUGGAUGUGGAAAGACAAACGAUGAAAUUGAUUUGGCCAUAAAAUCGGGUAUCUAUUGUAUAAACGCUGAAUCAUGGGAUGAAUUGAAUCGAAUCGAAAAUGUUUGUGUCAAAUAUAACAAGAUUCAGAAUGUUUCGAUUAGAAUUAAUGCUGAUACACAUUCUGAAGGAGCAAUGAGUCCAAGUUUACAUGGUCAUUCGACCACAACCCAAUCGAAAUAUGGUGUUCCGAUUGCCGAUGCAUUGGAAAUUUAUUCUCGUGUAAAGGCUUCAUCAACAAUGCGAAUCAAAGGCAUUUCAUGUCGUGUUGGCACACAUGUAACACAUUUGGAAAGCUAUCUGGAAAUUCGUGACAGAUUGUUGCAUUUAGCUGAUGAAUUACGGCAAGAAUCAAAAAUCUGUGUCGAACAUAUUGAUUUCGGUGGUGAAUUCGUGGGCAAUCUGAAUGCAAUGAAUGCCGAUGCAACGGAAAUUUCGAAUUGGAUUGAAAAAAUAGCUUCACCAAUUUUGGAACGUGGACUCAAAUUAGUGUUAGAUCCGGGUAUAAAUUUUAUGGCCGAUGCUGGUGUGUUAUUGACGAAAAUCGAAUACGUUAAAACGAAUACAAGCCAUUCGAAAGAAUCGUACGGCGGUACAUCACCAAAGACCGGUUCAUUUAUCAGUUCACAUGCUGGCCAUCAUUUGAAACAUCAUUCGACAAAACGUACAUUUGCCGUUGUUGAUGCUGGUUUUAAUGAUUUUGUACGUACAGCUAUGCUUGGUCAAAAUCAUCAUAUUGUGCCUGUUCAUCAACAACAAUCCGUAAUGGUCGCUGGUGUAGCAUCAGAUUUUAAAUACGAUAUUGUAGGCCCAAUAACCGAUGCUGCCGAUGUUUUUUGUCGAGAUUUUUCAUUGAACUAUAAAUUAGCAGCCGGAGAUUAUUUAAUCAUUUCGGAUGCCGGUUCAUAUGGUUCAUCAAUGUCGAGUAAUUUUCAAUCACGAAAUAAAUUGGCAGAAAUUUUAAUCAUCGAACGACAACCGAUUGUCAUACGUGAACGACAAAAAUAUGAAGAACAAUAUUCAAAUGAAAAAUUGGUACCAGAAUUAAAAUUGAAUUCAUCGAAAAUAAUUGAAGAGGCUGAAUCACAAGAAGAAUUACUUCAACAAUCGACAACCAAUAUCGAUGAAGGAGAUAAUGAGAAUAAAGAAUAGAAAAAAAAAUCGAUCAAAACAAUCGAUUUGCUUCCGCAAUUUUUUGAACACUAUCACGGGCAUUUACUGAUAUAUAUCUUAUAUAUUCAUUUUGAUAGUAGAUUAUUUAGAUUGAGUGAAUAUCUAUAUAUUUUUAUUAUUAUUA